AUGGCAGCGGCCCGCCGCUGGGCACGCCGGGUCGAGCGCACCUGUUGUGCCUGUGCCACCUACUUCCCUCUCGCUUUCGUCUACAGCCUAACCACUUGGGCCGUUUUUGUGCUGGUUACGCUGUGUUCUACGCCCUCCAAAGUGAGCUGGCUAGGCCGGUGCGCCGCCCUGACCGGCGUUAUCCUCUACCUUCUCCUCAACUGGUGCUACACAACAGCCGUCUUCACCCCGCCCGGCAGCACCACCAACAACAAUGGCUACAGCACUCUGCCCACACACGCCCCCCCGCUGGCCACCUCCUUCACCGUCAAGUCCAACGGCGAGAUGCGCUUCUGCAAGAAGUGCCAGGCCCGGAAGCCCGACCGCGCCCACCACUGCUCGACCUGCCGCCGCUGCGUGCUCAAGAUGGACCACCACUGCCCCUGGUUAGCCACGUGCAUCGGCCUGCGCAACCACAAGCCCUUCCUGCUCUUCCUCGUCUACACAACCCUCUUCAGCCUCUUCUGCUUCGCGGCUUCGGGAGCCUGGGUCUGGGCCGAGAUCAUGAGCAACACGACCUAUGUCGAGAACCUAAUGCCCGUCAACUUCAUCAUACUGUGCGUCGUUGCGGGCAUCAUCGCUCUCGUCGUCGGCGCCUUCACCGGCUGGCACAUCUACCUGGCCACCAAAGGGCAGACGACCAUCGAGUGCCUUGAGAAGACGCGCUAUCUCUCUCCUCUGCGCCGCUCCAUGCACCAGACCUUUAUCAAUCAGCACACACCCGGUCAAGGCGUUCCCUUGCCCUCAUACGGCCAACAGCUCCUCGACAUGCACCAGAACGCCCUUCCGGGAGUCACCCGUCCGGAGGAAGGCGAAGAACUCCGCCCAGACCCAUCACGCUCUACUGCUACUACUACAUCCUCCUCAGGGAACCCAGAGUUGCAGGCUGGCUCGCGGCGCUUCACCUACGACGAGAUGGAGCGGUACCGCGCCCGCAAGCGCUACGAGGAGUACCUCGACGAGCAGGACUCAACCAAGCUGCCCAACGCCUUCGACUUGGGCCCCCGCCGCAACUUGCUGCACCUGCUGGGCCCCAACCCCUGGCUCUGGGCCCUGCCCAUCUGCAACACCACGGGCGACGGCUGGUCCUGGGAGCCCAACCCGGCCUGGAUUGCCGCCCGCGAACGCCUCGCCAGGGAACGCCAGCUCCAGCUUGAGCGGGAGCGCGCGGCUGGUUGGGGUGGGGAUUACGUGGAUGAGAAUGAGGAUGACGGCACGGAUGGGCUUGACGACGGUGGUAAUAAUGUGCGUGCUGCUGGUGCGGGGAGGCACUACGUCGCCCCUGCGAAGCCGAAUACCCGGUUUGCUGCUGCGCAACAACAACAACAGCAAGCUGGGUUGUAUCACAAUGGCCGGCCGAGCCACAAUUCCAACAACACCCUCUCGCCGCGGUUACCUUCCCCUUACUCUGCCGCCGCCUCUGGCCGCAGGACGCCGAGCAAAGCCGAUCGUGUGCUGGGUCGGGAUCCGGAAUUGUACGUUGACGACCCGGCCGCGGGGCGCGGCCACGAGUCGGUUUCUAUGAAGAGGCUCAGUCCCAGGGGCAGGACUGUCGAGGACGAGUUGGACGACAUUGACAAUCAGGAUUCCGAGGGCGGUGAGGAUGGGAUGGAAACCCCGGAUAAGCCAUCGGUUGAGGCCGAGGCCGAGUCCGGGGCGCAGAGGGGGGUGCCGCUCGGCGUGGUCACUAAUGGGAGGUGGACGACGGGCGGUGCGAGGCCUUCACCUGGGGUAGUAGCGGGCGCCAGUAAAUUCCUCAGGGGUCCCACGUCGCCGGGGGUUAUGGGAGGGUUUAGGACUGGGUUGAAGAGUGAUGGUAAUGCUGGUUCAAGGGUUGGAGCGGGGACAGGAGGGGAUGAUGAUGAUGGGGUUGAUUAG